UGCAAUAUUUAUGCGGACCCUGGGAAUCCGAUACAAAGGUUGUCACUCGUGGAUAAUUUGCGUAUGUUUCUGUAUGAUUUUCACGGAACGUUCAGUUUAUCGCGAGACUGCAUGUAAGUAAGACUCUUGGAAUCUCUCCCCCGCUGUAAAUUUAUUAACGGUGAUAGUGAUGCAUGCGUGUGGAAAUUACGUGUACAGUCUUCGUAUAUAAGAAGAUAGCUCUAAAAUAGUUUAAGCAAGAGGAUAUAAUUAAUUUUAUGUGAAAUGAUAUUAAACACGAUUAGCCCGUCUGUUAAAUUUGGCCUUCAUUUUUGUGGUGUCUGGCCUGGAACACCAUUUCACUUCCUACAUAAGUUAUGUUGGGUGAUAGCGAUAAUUACGCUUCAGACUUAUCAAUACAAAUAUAUCGUUAUACAUUAUAACACCGAUACUCUUAUGAACAUAGCAGAAAAUUUGAGCAUCGCCGUGCCUUUCAGUUUAGUGUUUAUCAAAUUAUUUGUUACUUGGACAAAUUAUGGCUUGUUUUGCGACAUUUUAUCAACCAUGGAAGAGGACUGUCAGAAAUAUGCUAAUAUGGAUAUAAAUAAUCUGAUAACAAAAACCGGAUUGUUCUCCUUUUAUGUAACUAGCAUAAUCAUGUCCUCGUAUCUGAUGUCUACGGUUAGUUAUCAUGCCGGCGCUAUUGCAUUUCAAGGAACAAACGAUUCAAUGUCUCGAGAGCUUCUUUUGAAAAUGGAUUUACCUUUCGAGACGAGUGAAUCCCCGAAUUACGAACUUGUGGUUACCACACAAUUUAUUAUUCAUUUCUCUGCAGCUCUUGCGUUCGGAACGUUCACUGCCCUGCUUUUCAUGAUGAUACUGCAUUUAGGGUGUCAAAUCGACAUAAUGUGCCAGAAUCUAACAGAUGUUUUUUCUAAAACUGAGAACAAGCUAAAAUUUUUUAUUAGUAGAUAUCAAGAAAUCAUUGCUUUUGCAGAGAAAAUUGAGAAACUUUUUACGUAUAUGGCUCUUAGCCAACUUGUAUCAAAUACAGUUAAUACUUGCUGCGAAGGAUUCCUCAUUGUAGUUGCUGUAAACGAUGAGAGUGGACUUGCUAUUGAUAUACUCAUCAAAUCUAUUGUAUUUUACAUAGUUAUUUGCUUAGAAGUUUUCAUAUAUUGUUUCGCUGGGGAAUAUCUUCGCACUAAGGUUGUUGUAUACAAUAUCGUUUUGUUUCUUAUUUGCACUAUAUCAGACACAUUGUACUGAAAAAACAUAAAAUAUUUUAUAAACGAAUAAUUGUUUUGGAAAAAAAAUAGCUGUAAGUGCAGUUGGUACCAAUUAUUUCAUUAUUUCUUCUUAUAAAUCUUCCACAAUUUUUAUUAAUUUUAUUUUAUUUUAUUAAAUUUGUAAAUAUAUAUAAUUCAUAUUUAGACCAAGGCGUUUAAGUGGAGACAGUGGUGCACGAGAGAAAUACGUUUAAGAUAAAGUUGAACGUUCGUAAGCAAGAACGAAAUGAAGAAGAGAUAAAUCCCCUCAAGGCUAAUUACGUCUUGUUAAAAUAGUUUUUCUCUGUUCUUAAGCAAAGAAGAUUCAUUCAAACAAAUCUGUUUACAUUUGUGCCAAAUUGUGAAAGUGAAUUGUGUUUGAGGUACACAAAGCGAGGAACCGUAAAAAAUAUAUUGCACUCGCAAGUGUGCCAAUAUCUCUUUGACUUUGAAAUGUUUAUUGUUCUUUCUUCGUUUCCUUGAAUCGAAUCGUUCAAAGUUCUUUAAGUAUACACUAGUUCUUUAUGUUAAAAAGUACUACAAGGCAUAUGUAUUUCGUAUUAACAUAUCGCUUCGAUGUGUAAAUAUAAUUAAAAGAAAGUUAUUAAUACUUUUCAUUUAAAAUAUCUGUUUCGUUAUUAGAGCCAAUUAAUCGGCGACA